AGCCCAACAAUUAAAGGGUUCUCCCAGUUGGAACCACCCCGGAAUCAUGCCUAUUUUCAAGAAGAUACUGAAAUCUCAGCGUGGUGGAAAGAUUCUAAUAGAUCAGGAUGGUUAUCUUUACAAUUACCUGAGAGAAACUGGUAAAGGCUCUACUUGGGCCUGUAGAGCCAAGUACAAGCUGAACUGUUAUACAAGGGUUUACUACUGUGAGGGUAGUACUAGCGAUCAUGUGGAGAUAACUGUGGAUCAUAAUCACCCUCCUAAAUUAGGUGAGGCUAGGACGAUAGAGUUAAUGAGGAAGCUGAAGACUGGUGCUAAGAACAGUUACAAGAUACGCCGGGAGUUGAUAAAGGAACUGAACAGUCCCGAAUACACGAUGGAUUUGGAUCAAGACCUGCCUACUCUUCUAAAAAAUAGGAAAUCUGAAAGUAGAUCACGCUCAGUAUCAUCCACAUCACUACAACCGGAAGUGGAAACACAGGAUAUCAUACUGGACGUAGAUAACAACGCGCCUGAUAUAUCUUCUAUACUGGACGUUUCACAGAGCGAGGAAUGCGAAGAAGAAGAUUCCAGAACAGAAUUGAGCUCGGAAACAUCCAGAAUAAAUGAGGAAUUGCAGGAUGUGUUACAAAAGUUGAUAAACGAGCCAGACCUUCUGCAAGACCUUGUGAAUAGUCUGAUGGGACCAAGUGGGGAAGGUGAAAUAAAAGCGGAAUCAAUGAAAGAAAAAGACUCUCAACCUCAAACCUCAUACACCCAACCUCAAACCUCAGCGAAUUUACCGUUUACCUCUGAAUUAGACAGUUUACCACCCAACACGACUGUUGUCAGCGACCUCCCACCCCUCGUCUCAAACACUCCCCUAACCUCAUCUCAGUGCAGCUCCAACCUCCUCCAACCUCUCCUAACCUCACCUCAAAGCGGCAUGAUCAUCACGUCAUCUCCCUCUCUAAUGAUGACGUCAUCAGGACCAAUGAUGACGUCAUCAUCUCCUCAGAUAAUGGCUAUGCCAGUACCCAUGGUUUCUAAUAGUGGAGGUGUAAUGGCACCUGGUCAGAUCGUGGCUACAGUGGGCCACGGAUCUGAUAACACGCUAGUUGCUGGUCAGCUAGUUCGGCUCCCGGAGAGUAUCAUCAGUAACGACAUGUUAUUUAAACGCAUGAACGAAGGAGGGUGUACUCUUUACAUUGCACCCCCUGCUCUCAAGAACCCGUACUGUAGACAGUGUAACUCUUCCUUUAACUCCGCUCAACAGAUGGACCAGCAUUUCCAGUCACUAAAGUGUUGCGAGAUGUGUAAAAUGGCGUUCUGUGUUCAAGCUCACUACGAUAAACAUGUAGAACUAAACCAUCCAGAUGGUAACAAGAGUGCGUGGGGGACAUUGUGUGAGACGUGUGGGAGAGUGUUUGGAGUGCAGUUCCAGUUGGAUAGUCACAGGAUAAAGUGCUCCAACAGGGUCUCCCUCAGGUGUCCCAGGUGUUUCUAUUCGUUUGGGUUUGAAGGAGAUAUAACACGACACAAAGCACUACACGGCAGUAUGUUGGGAGUACGCUGUGAGGCGUGUCAGAAAUCAUUUCCUACUUCUCUCGGCCUCCAAAACCACCAGUCUAGAAGGAACACGGCUAACAGUAAAGACUUUGUGGCACCCCGAACCUGUACGCUCUGUUUCAAGAAGUUCUGUCUUGAAGCUGACUACCUAAAACAUAUUAACACUCAUAACCAGGAGAUUCUGGAGGCUAACGCUAAACUAAAAGGGGCGCUUGCCAGGGCCUAAGGAAUCGUCCACAUUUAACACGGUGCAAGUGCAAGUCAGGCUGAUAAAGUGUGCCACUUCUGCACCAAGACAUUCUCCACCCAACGCAAGCUACUCACCCACCAAGCUCAACAUAUGGAUCUUAACAUCUGCAAGUUCUGCGGAGUAUGGUGCCAGAACCAGUCCGAGUUAGUGGAUCAUGAGCGCGUAAAUCACGUGUUCAAAGCCUCGUGACACGUGUUGUUAAUCACGUGUUCAAAGCCUCGUGACACGUGCUGUAAAUCACGUGUUCAAAGCCUCGUGACACGUGUUGCAAAUCACGUGUUCAAAGCCUCGUGACGCGUGCUGUAAAUCACGUGUUCAAAGCCCCGUGACACGUGUUGUAAAUCACGUGUUCAAAGCCUUGUGACAAUCACAAUGCGGUUUAAGCUAACCAAUCAGAUUCAGAAGACAGUAUUGAACCCAUGUGACACAAGCCAAGUAUAAGUAAUCAAAAUCGGUCUGAGAUAAGGGUGCUCGAUCAUGACGUGAAAAUUUGGAGGUGAAAAACUCUUAUUUUUGGAACAGAAUAUUUUUGAGCUAUUUACUUUUGCAAUUAUUUUAUAUGUACACGGAAGGGUUAAGUUAAAUUACUUGACGCGGCUUAGUUAAAGUUGAACUUAAAGUCUAGAAUUAGUAAAUAGUAAUAUUUCCACGAUUGUACUAAUUGUAGUUGCGACAGAGUGUCGAUAUUUUCAUUUUAAUUUAUUGAUUUCAUACUAUUACUGUAAGUGUAACUAGUAAAGUCUAUUAACUAGCUAUGAUCCAAAAUAUGGUCAAUAUAAAGUGGGUGUUAUUUGAAUUUAAUUGUGGUAAUGAUUAAUUUCCAUAGUUUCGAAUUAUAUUGUAACUUUAUUUCACCAUUUUAACUUUUUAACGUUUUUACAGUUGAGUUUUAACAAUUUAUAUCAAUUAUCAAAUAUAUGUAAUUGUAUUACAACUGUCCAAAUAAUAUAUUAUAAUAUUGUGAAUACAGACUGGAGCUAUAAGUAUAA